ACAUCAUGAGCUUCCAUGAGAUAUUUAAAUUUUUUGAUUAAACUAAAUGGCGUCUUACUUUCGAAGAAAUUUUAUAAAGCUUGAGAUGUUUUAAAAAGUUUAUGGAUAUGGUAAACUGUUCAACCUAAAUUCAGUUGUCGAUAAUUGCAAUUUCUCUACUUUUAAAAGCUAACGAGUUAGUGCUUUCAAAAUGCUGUCAACUGCACGUUCGGAACCAAGUUUAGGGUUUGCAAAUAAAAAUUUAUAUUCUGACACAUGUAAAGGAUUUAAACAUAGCAUAUCAAUUAAUGGAGAUGCGUUCCUUAGCAAGAAUUUAACCACCUUUUCUGAUGAACCCGAUAACAAUACCAAAUCAUCUGAAAGUACAUCGUCUAGUUUGUGUAAUGGUGAUUUAUUUGAAACAAUGAAAUAUGAAGUGAACAGAUUGCUCUCGUACAAAAAUAAGUGGCCUUGCAAUUUUAUUAAAUCCGAAGAACUCGCUGAAGCUGGAUUUUUUUACCUUCAAGUCGAAGACAAAGUGCAAUGUCCAUUUUGUCAUGUAAUUAUUUAUAGUUGGAAGUAUGGUGACAAACCUCUUAGAGAACACAUGAAAAAGUUUCCAAAGUGUCCGUUCUUAAUGAGUGUAGAGGUUGGAAACAUUCCUAUAACUCGUAACAAUUCUCCUAGCAGGUCAAAACUACCACCGCAGAAUGUUCAUGCUCCUUCAACAUCAUUUCAGUAUACAUCGUACAAGCCAAAACAUCCUAAAAUGGCAGACAUACAAAGACGUCUUCUGUCAUUUAAAGAAUGGCCUCUUGUAACAAUAGAGCCCGAUGAUCUCGCUGAAUGCGGGUUAUAUUAUACAGGAAUCGCUGAUGUAGUUACAUGCUUUUUCUGUGGGGGAUCCUUAGGAAAUUGGGAGGUUGAUGAUGAUCCUUGGGAAGAACAUUCCAAACAUUUUGGACAGUGCUUGUUUUUAUCUUUAGCCAAAAGAGACUUAUCCAAAAAGAAAGGCAGAACUUACAAAGCUGCUCCAAAAGUGUUUGAACCAAAACCCAUAUCAAGCUCACCAAGGGCAUCAUUUGAUUCAAGAUCGUCUAGAAAAGAUUUUAUGUCUGAACUAUAUGAUCAAGCCUGUGAAAUUUUUCCAGAACCUUUAGUGUUGGAAGUUUUAGCCAAAAACAAAACAAGGACUUUCACAUCUCUUUCUGAAAUUUGUGAAGAAAUACUUCAUACCAAAGAACAAAAAGAAAUCAAAUCCAGAUCUUCAGAGCCCUUACCUGUUGCACCUGCAGAAAUUAAUACUGAUGUUGAAGUGUCUACUUCAUCUGCUGGGAAGGGGAAGAACAAUGCAUUUUUGUGCAAGAUUUGCAUGGAUCAUGACAUGGAAGUUGUCUUUCAGCCUUGUGGACAUUUCUUGUCUUGCCAAAAAUGUUCCCAUUUUAUAUUUGAUUGUCCCUUGUGUCGUAAACCUAUUAUUAGUAAAGUAAGAGCUUAUUUAAGUUGAUACAAUUGGUCAAUGUACUUUAGUCUUAAUGUUGUAUUUUAAAAAAUUGUCAAAAAGGUUCAUCUCAUAGUGAUGUUUUAAUAAAAAUGUAUCUAGAAAAUUAGAUAUGAAAUAAUACUUUCAUUGGGAUGAACCCAUUGAAAAUAUUUAGAUGGAAUAAUUACUGUAAAUAGUAUUAAGUCCACACCCCAUUCUUGGCCAAAAGCAGGGUUCGAAAAUAUCAUGGUAUUUUCGAAAGUAUCGAAAAUAUCAGAUAUUUUGAUAUAUAUCCAAUAUUUUCAAUCAGCACAAACUAAAGUCUUCAAAAUAGUAAAUGCAUCCUCAAAUCACUCUUUAUUUUCUUACAUUAUAAUUACAAUAAGUUGACUUAAAUUUCAGGUUUCUUUCAGUACUUAUUUAUAAUAUUUCAUUUUAUGUUUUUAAUCAAUUUUAAUGGAGUUCAUUUAGCAUUAGAGCAUUAGCUGUUUAAUCAUUUUUUUUUCUGUUAACUACUUUUACACAUAUAUAUGAUUCAGAAAUUAAAAAAAAUGCAUUAGUUGGUGCACAGUCAUAAGACAUUUUCUUUUUUUUUUCUGACCAACCUUUAAUAUUUAAUUACGCACUUUUAAUAUAAAUUAAAAUUAUUACAUUGCUAAUAUUUUUAUGAAUAUAAUAUAAAAAGAAGGAAUAUUAUAUUUUAUGUUAAUGAUGUAUUAAUACAUCAUAAAAAAUAUAGUACAUAACUUUUUGAUAAUUUUUAAUAAUAAAUCAACAAUAUUACUAUGGUUAAUAUAUACUUUUUAAAUUUAAAAUAUCGUGGUUGAAAAAACAAAUAUCGACAAUAUCAUGAUAUUUUCAAAAUUAAUUUCGGAUAUAUAUUGGCGAACCCUGGCCAAAAACCAAUAAAAUCUUUUACACAUAUCUCUUAUUUGUACAGUGACUGUGUAACUGAUUAACUGUCUCUAUGUUCAUGAGCUUUCCCUUUCACCUUUAACAUAACAAAAGAGUGAAACUCUAAACACUGUGGCAGGCAUCAUGAAAAUUUAAGUAAUUCGUAAAAGAACAUGCAGUGGCAUGUGCCUUUUAUUCAGCCCCUUUUUAUCAGGUUGGAAACACGAUAAAACAGCUGAAAGGGAGAGGCAUUCAGUUUCUUAUUUUUCAAAUGCAGUGAGCGGAAAAUGUAGGCUUUAAAGCUAAAUAUAGAAAUAAUUUUUCACAUAGUGUGCUUAUUUUUCAUUAUAUUGUGGCAUCUAUUUUGUUAGAUGUAAUAUAUUUUGUUAUUUUCAAA